AUGGCCCUGCGGAGAACCGUGCAGCUGUCUCUGAAGAAGCCAGCCCACAUCGUGUGUGUGGUGGGAGUGGAGACGUAUGUGGAUGUUCGCAGCGAUGUACCCAAGGGUGCCGAGAACUUCGGGGUCUCUGGAAGCUCCGGGGUGGAGAUCUUCAUGGUUUACGACCCAGAUCAGGUGACAGAACCAACAGGCAAGGCCCUGUGGCCCCUGAAUGCCCGCGUGGAUGUGGUCGUGUCCGUGGACGCAGCCAGCAAGGACUUAAAUGAUCUCAAGGUGAAGGUCUCCUACUUCGGGCAGCAGGAGGGCAGCGCCCUGGGCCACAGCGUGCUCUACCUCACAGGCGUAGACGUCUCCCUUGAUGUUGACUCCGCUCGCACGGGCAAGGUGACGAGGAGCCAAGGCGACAAGAAAACCUGGCGCUGGGGGCCCGAGGGCCACGGGGCUGUCCUGCUGGUGAACUGUGACCAGGAUAAUGUCAGGUUCAAGGGGGUCGACCUUGACAGCAGUCAGCUGACAUCACUGGAUGACCUGCAGGACAUGUCUCCGAUGGUGCUGACCUGUGAAGGCCCCGACAAGCUCUUCGACAGCCACAAGCUGGUCUUGAACGUGUCGUCUUCUGAUUCCAAAAGAGUGAGGGUCUUCUGUGCUAGGGGUGGCAAUUCCCUCUCAGACUACAAGCAGGUGCUGGGCCCUCGGCACCUGUCCUAUGAGGUCGAGCGGCAGCCGGGGGAGCAGAAGAUCGACUUCUACGUGGAGGGACUCAGCUUCCCCGACGCUGAUUUCUUGGGCCUUGUCUCCCUCAGGGCCAGCCUGCUGGACACGGGGACCCAGCCUGAAGUGCCCCUCUUCACAGACACCGUGGCCUUCCGCACGGCCCCCUGGAUCAUGACCCCCAACACCCAGCCCCCCCUGGAGUUGUAUGUGUGCAGUAUAGAAGACCUUCAUGGUCCAAAUGAGAAAUUUCUGCAAGACAUGUCUGACCUGGUGCUGAAGGCCAACUGCAAGCUGAUCAUCUGCCCUCAGGCUGAAAAUCGAAAUGACCGCUGGAUCCAGGAUGAGAUGGAGUUUGGUUACAUUGAGGCCCCUCACAAAUCCUUCCCAGUGGUCUUCGACUCCCCCCGAAACAGAGGCUUGAAGGAUUUCCCCUAUAAGAGGAUCCUGGGUCCUGACUUUGGAUAUGUGACUCGGGAGAUCCCUUUUGCUGGCCCCUCCGGCCUCGACUCCUUUGGCAACCUGGACGUCAGCCCGCCGGUCACGGUCAAUGGCAAACAGUACCCCCUGGGCAGAAUCCUCAUUGGCAGCAGCUUGCUCAAGUCCGGCGGGCGGCGCAUGGCCAAGGUGGUGCGGGACUUCCUGCAGGCCCAGCAGGUGCAGGCGCCGGUCGAGCUCUACUCCGACUGGCUCUCCGUGGGCCACGUGGACGAGUUCCUGAGCUUCGUGCCCACCUCGGACCAAAAGGGCUUCCGGCUGCUCCUGGCCAGCCCCAGCGCCUGCCUCAAACUGUUCCAAGAGAAGAAGGAGGAGGGCUACGGGGAGGCAGCCCAGUUUGAUGGGUUAAAGCACCAGGAGAAGAGAAGCAUCAACGACAUGCUGGCCGACAAAAGCCUCAGGAGAGACAGUGUCUAUACACAGAAAUGCAUCGACCGGAACCGGGAGCUGCUGAAGCGGGAGCUGGGCCUGACGGAGCAGGACAUCGUCGACAUCCCGCAGCUCUUCUCCCUGAGCGACAGCUAUGCGGAAGCCUUCUUCCCGGACAUGGUCAACAUGGUGGUGCUGGGCAAGCACCUGGGCAUCCCCAAGCCCUUCGGGCCCAUCAUCAACGGCCGCUGCUGCCUGGAGGAGAAGGUGCGGUCCCUGCUGGAGCCGCUGGGCCUGCACUGCACCUUCAUCGACGACUACCUGUCCUACCACCAGCUGCUCGGGGAGAUCCACUGCGGCACCAACGUGCGCCGGCAGCCCUUCCCCUUCAAGUGGUGGCACAUGGUGCCCUGA